AUGACUACAGAUGAGAGUAAGCAGCUUUCAGACUUUAUUGGGCUGUCUAGCGGCUUAGAUACCGAGGAGUUACUGGAUGCUUUGCAAGAGUACUGUUCAAGAGAUAAUAUAAUACAAAAGGAAUCAGAUAUUAUUAAGAUCAUAAAUAAGUUUGAAAAUGACCCCUCCUUAUUGACAAGACACUUAUCUACUAUUAUCAAAUCUUUAGUGGAGCUGGUGUUGCCAUCUGGUGUGGAUGCUGAUGGUGAUUCGUUAGAUCUAAUUGUCACAAUCGGUAAUGUUUAUUAUGAGCUUUAUAAAAUUGUUUCAACUAGAAAUCUUGGGAACUAUUUACCAACAGAAAUUUCAAAUUUGGCAGAAAUAAUAAACUUAUACCAAAUUAAUAGAGAAAAUUUGAUUACGGGUCAUGUCCCAUAUUCUUGGAAACUAGAUUUUUUCUUGUUGAGUUGGUUGAAUGUAUUAGUGGAAUCUCCAUUUAGGUUCACAAAUGAUAAAGUCAUAUUGGCUUUGAUGAUGCAGGAUGGGUUCCAUGAAUCAGAGUCCAUUCUGAGAUUUGAUAUUAUAAACUUGAAAUCAAAAGUAACGGCAAAUCUGAUUAUUAAGAAUAUCGAUUUGUUUGAUAAAUCAUUAUUAAUUGGGAAUUUUACCUUAUUAGAUUUCUUCCUUAAGAAAUUAAUAAUAUUGCCAACUAAUAAGAUUUUAUCAUUGAUAUCAGCAUUUAAAAAUGAUAUAAUUGAUUUGACAAUCUUUUUAUUAAAUUUACAAGUUGAUAAUGAAAAUGAACUCAAUAGGAGAAAAUUAUUGAAAAUAUUCAGUAAAUUAUUCAAAUUAAAUUACUAUUUAAAUAAUGGAGAACUUUUAAUAAGAAUAAUAAAAAAAUUUGAAAGAAUAAUGUUUGAUUUGAAAUUACUUAAUAGUGGUGAUUUUAGGUAUACGCUUUCAAAUAAAUAUUCAAAUGUAAUACAUUUUUUGAAUUAUGAAAUUAAAAAUACAAAAAUGGUUAACCAAAUAAUUAAUGGAAAAAUAAACAAAACAGUUAAAAUGUUAGACAGUCUCGAAUUAAUAGAUACAGAUAUCCUUCAUUUGACUUUGUUAUUUAUCGCCGACAACAUCAGUAUUAUUUUAACCAAUAAUAUAGUUGACAUUGAUUUUUUAUUCAGUAAAAUAUUUAUCAAGACUAUAAAUUUCCAGAAACUGGAAAUAAAUAAUAAUAAUACCAUUAUUGUUGGGGGCAAUAAUAUUAAAGAUGCAACAAAUUUCAUCCUUUGGUCGAUAUUAAGAUCAAAUUCAAAAAUAAUAACAAAAAAGACAAUCGAUUUGAUAUUCAUUCAUUUGUUGACGUCUUCACUAUAUGAUAAUGAAUUAAUUAUUAGAAAAUCUUCAAAUGCUGCAUUGCAAGAAUUGUUAGGAAGAUUCAAUAAACACCUAGAUCUUGAUAGUUCCAGAAUAAUGAGAAUUAUAGAACUUCCCAUUACAAAUCUUAAUGUUAACUAUGAAGAAAAUACAGUAAAACUUUAUAAAAAUAUAUUUGAUGAGGACAUUAGCAGGCACUAUUGGUAUAAAAUUUUGGAGUGGAUGGUAUCGUUUAAUAUAUCAAAAAAAAUAAAGAUUUUAAAGACCUUUCUGUUAAAUCUGAAUUUAAUAAACAAUUUUAUAAGUUUAUCAAAUUACAAUAAUACGUAUGAAAAAAAUAUCUAUCAUCGAAUAAUUCAAGAAAAACAUAAUUAUGAUUUGGAAAGAUUACUAUUUUUAUUGAUUAAUUAUUACUCGAAGUUGGAACACAAUACCACACAUAAAGAAAACCUUUUAACGCAGAUUAAUAAAAUAUUCCACGAUUUAUCAGAUACCCUUGAAUUAAAAAAAUAUAGUGCCAAUUCACCUUUCAUAUCGUUCCGUGUAUUAUCGAUAUUAGAAUAUUUUAAAUUUAUGAUUGAACUAACUUUAUCGAAUAUAAAUAAUUCAUCAUCAUAUCCUAUAAGCUUUCAAUUGAAAAUGGAUGACAUUUCACUUAUUAUCAAAAUAUUGCAAACGAUAAAUGAUUCUUCUAUGUUUUUUGACGAUAUAAAGUUAAAAGUUAAUUAUAUUGUUUCCAAAAUUGAAAAGGGUAGUCAAAUUUAUAAAGAUACAGAAACUGAAGAAUACUUUUGGUCUAAUUUUGAAAAAUUACUGUUUUAUAAUAACGCUUUUGCAUCCUUCUCUCUGCCAUAUCUGCAUUAUAAAUAUUUUUUACAAUUAUUUUUAAAAUGUUUGCAAAAACUUAACUGCAACUCAAAAUCAAUUAUUUUACAUUCACUAACGCCAUUAUUUUCUGAACGUUAUUUUGAACUUAAUACUAUAAGUGAUCAAAUAUUGUUAAAAAGAAUAAUUAUUAAUUUAUUGAAUGAUUAUACUAUUACUGAACAAGGUGAUAUCGGUCGAUUAGUUAGGACCAGCUCCAUAAAGUUAAUUGAAUGUAAUUUUUCCCUGUUUUUUGAGCACGCAGAUUCUAAUGAAGCAGGUGAACUACAAAAAACUCUAAUUAGUAAUUGUUUAAGGUUACUUGGUGAACCGCAAUUAGAAAUCAAACAAUUAGCAUUUAAAGUAUUGAAGAAGAAGUUUGGUUACACAAAAGAAACUACUAAUUCAAUAGAUUUUGAUAUUUUGCUGUUUCAGCAUAAACAGUUCGAAGGAAAAUCUAGGGCUUUUUGGGAAGGUUUUUUAAUGACGUCAGGUGCAAUCCACACAACAGAUAUUCAGUUAAAAUCUUCAGUUGAUUCCUUCAUAUACUAUUACUCAACUUAUUUGGAAACUGGUAACCGUAAAAAAGGUAUCACAAAACUUGAGUUAUGUAAUGAAUUAUUUAGGAUAAUCCCCAAUGCUAGUAAAAUUAUUGAAAGUAAAAAGGAAUCUUGUGUAGAUCCUCUUACUGGUUCUGUAGGUCAGGAUAUUUUAAAAAUCACCACAUCAUAUCUGUACUUUUGGAGUAGAGUACUAGAAUCAUCGUUAGAAAUACCAAGGGAAUUCAAUUACGCUGGAGCCUAUGGAAAAUUAUAUAAUCUACAAAUAUUAAAGGGAAGCAGCUUAUUAAAGUCGAUAACGAUUAAAAUAUUACCAUAUUUUGUUAUAUCACACUCUUCGCAUUUUGGAACAGAUCUAUCCAACUCAUUUACUAAAACAGUUAUACUUCGUCUUUUAAAAUUAAUUAAUAGAGAAAUAAUGAUUAAAAAAGACUCGCAUAUAAACGGAUCGCCUACUUAUAGAGCCUCUGUGGAAGGUUUGGCGAAGAUAUACAUAUAUUUUAACAAUUUUUCAAAACUUAGCUUAUUGGAGCAAAUCACAAAUGAUGUAGGAAAGUUUAAUAAAUUAGAAGAGAAAGAAUUCCUUUGA